UCCCGCGGGUCCAGCGCGCUCCCGGUCCCGGUCCGGCCAUGGCCCAGCGCGGCGGCCCCGCGGUGCUCCCGGACAACCCCUUCCAGGACCCCGCGGCGCUGCAGGCCCGGCCCGGCGCUGUGCUGGAUGGCUAUAACCCCUUCGAGAGCGACGCGCCACCGCCGCCCUUCCAGACCCCUUCGGUAGCGCCGCCGCCCCCGGUACCGGCGGCCGCGCAGCCCCCGCGGAAGGCGAGUCCUACCGAGCCCCGCAACUAUGGCUCCUACGGCUCGCAGGCCUCGGCCGCCGCCGCCACGGCGGAGCUGCUGAAGCGGCAGGAGGAGCUCAACCGGAAAGCGGAGGAGCUGGACCGGCGGGAGCGGGAGCUGCAGAACGCGGCCCUCGGCGGUGCCCAGACGAGGCUCAACAACUGGCCCCCGCUGCCGUCCUUCUGCCCGGUGAAGCCGUGCUUCUACCAGGACAUCCCCGUGGAGAUCCCGGCUGACUUCCAGAAGACAGUGACAACCAUGUACUACCUCUGGAUGGCCAGCACCAUUGCUCUGUUCAUGAACUUCCUGUCCUCGCUCGCCUGGUUCUGCGUGGAUCCCACGUCCGGCUCUGGGUUUGGCCUCUCCAUCCUAUGGGCUCUGCUCUACACGCCCUGUUCCUUUGUCUGCUGGUACCGGCCCAUGUACAAAGCCUUCAGGAGCGACAGUUCCUUCAACUUCUUUGUCUUCUUCUUCGUCUUCUUUGCCCAGAACGUGAUGUAUGUGCUGCAGGCCAUCGGCAUCCCAAACUGGGGAUUCAGUGGCUGGAUCCUGAGCCUGAUAGCGCUGCGGACUAACAAGGCCGUGGCCGUGAUGAUGAUCCUGGUGUCCUUGUCCUUCACGGCCGUAGCUGUGCUGGGCAUCAUCAUGCUGAAAAAGAUCCACUCCCUGUACCGCCGCACUGGUGCCAGCUUCCAGAAGGCGCAGGAGGAGUUUGCCGCCGGCGUUUUCUCCAACCAGGCCGUGCGCACGGCCGCGGCCAACGCCGCCGCGGGCGCGGCCACCAACGCCUUCCGUGCCCCGUAGCCUGCGGGCUCUGCCCCUCCCGGCGCCCCGGGGCUCCUCCCGAGGAAGAGGAAA